AUGACAGCCGCAGUCAGCUUGGGGCCCAGCCCCUCAGAGCCAGUUACAGUGGUGGUGGCAGUGACAGCAGCAGCCACAGAGUCAGCACCUGUGGCACCUGCCAGCAGCGAGUUCGGAGACAUCCACAACUGGACAGAACUACUUGACUUCCUCAAUGCCACCCUGUCCGAGUGCCACCUGGAGCUCAGUGAGGACACCAAGCGAGUGGUGCUCUUUAUCCUCUAUCUGGCCAUUUUCGUGGUGGGGCUGGUGGAGAACCUGCUGGUGAUCUGCGUCAACUGGCGGCGUGCAGGCCGUGUUGGGCUGCUCAACCUCUACGUGCUCAACAUGGCCGUGGCUGACCUGGGCAUGGUGCUGUCCCUGCCCGUGUGGAUGCUGGAGGUCACCCUGGAUUACACCUGGCUCUGGGGAAGCUUCUCCUGCCGCUUUACACACUAUUUCUACUUGGCCAACAUGUACAGCAGCAUCUUCUUCCUGGUGUGCCUGAGUGUGGACCGCUACAUCACCCUCACGGGCACCUCAGCCUCCUGGCAGCGCCAUCAGCACCGGGCGCGGCGGGCUGUGUGUGCGGGCGUCUGGGUCCUCUCAGCCAUCAUGCCACUCCCUGAGGUAGUCCACAUCCAGCUGAUGGAGGGAAUCGAGCCCAUGUGCCUCUUCCUGGCACCUUUUGAAACCUAUAGCCCCUGGGGCUUGCUGAUCAGCCUCUCCACUACUGUCCUGGGCUUUGUGCUGCCCUUCCCUCUCAUCGCUGUCUUCAACGUGCUGACAGCCUGCAGGUUCCAGCGGCGCUCUGGCCAGUCUGAGGGCCGACGCCACAGCCUCCUGCUCUGUGCCUACAUAGCCGUCUUUGCCAUCUGCUGGCUGCCCUACCACGUGACCCUGUUGUUGCUCACCCUGUAUGGGACCCACAUUUCUCUGCACUGCUACCUGGCCCACCUGCUGUACUUCUUCUACGACAUCAUCGACUGCUUCUCCAUGCUGCAUUGCAUUGCCAACCCCAUUCUUUACAACUUUCUCAGCCCCAGCUUCCGGGACCGGCUACUGAGUGCCGUGGUCCAUUACCUUCCCAAGGACCAGGCCCGACGGGGAGGUGCAGGGGCCGCCUCCUCUUCCUCUUCCACCCAGCACUCCAUCAUCAUCACCAAGGAAGGCGCCAGCCCACUGUCGGCAGUGGGCCCUGGGCCCCACCCAGGCCCUAGCUGCAGGCUGUCCUGCUUGCCUCCAAGCACCUCACCCAUCUCUGCUCCUGAGCCUCCUGCACCCAGUGGAGGUGGACUCCGGGGCUCCUCGUGA